GGUUGUCGAAAACAACUAGUUCAGCUUGCAACGUAUUUUCCCCAUUCUCCUAAUGCAGGCUCGCUUAAGGUACCUAAGGCAUCCAGCGCUUUUGAGUCUUAUAUAAUACAUUUCUCGUGAUUCGCCUAGUACCUACUUCUUGGGCACAUACGGAAAGGCUAGACUAGACGGUACUUGUACUCAGAUUUGGCAUCUACCUGAUACAUGGUUGCUCGUCUCAUCGCUCCCGUAUUAGACCCUCAAGCAUUAUAUCUAAGCGCCUUUGUAUCUGCUUCCUUGCUAACUACAGAUAUGCUGUCUUACUCGCAUCUUGGAUUAUAGACGGUCAUUUUAUUCUCAGGGUUGUUAGCCAAUUUAACCUAAUGAAGGGAGCCCACGAUCGUUGAUUUUGCUUUUGUCGUUUAGUCCAACACUGACUAUGAUCUUAUUCGAAAGAAAAAGGUAAAAGAAAGAAAAAGAAAAAAAAGUACAGUAGAGCAUGGGCUUCUAUGGCUACUUUAAGCCGAAGAGGCCUGCCCAGGCAAGGCAAACAGAAACACCUCGCAAGCCGCAAAGGAGGAUAUUUCCAGAGGGGACCUUUGACGGGUUAAUAAAUCUGAACGAUUUCAAGCUUCCAUGGAAAUCCCCUCUAGGAAAAUCAAGUUCAGUGAAAUGGCGAGAUUCUUAUUUCAGCGCGGGUGUCACAGAGGAGGUCAAGCAAGAGGUGAUGGUAAAUUGGCUGUACCAACAACAGUGUUCGCGUCUAUGGGUGAGCGAGGGGAGUGGUGAUUAUGAAGGAGUUCUCCUUCGCAGGAACUUCGGAUCUUACCUCAGUUGCCCAUCUCCGUUAAAAGGGUCGAAAUUGGCCAAGGCUUGCUCCGCUAUCAACGUAGAGUGCAUCCUUACUGUUAGCUCUAGGGUGAUAAGGUCGUUUCUUUCGUCCCUUCCCGGCGCCAUGAGCGUUCCCUUGUCCACCGGCCUCCGAAUCCAAGUCUUACCGUCCAUUAAAGAGCUACCAAGAGCAAGAAAACACCAAGGUGCCGCUUUUUUAGCACUGGAAGGCUUGCUAGUAGUCUGGGAUGAUAACCCAUUAUGUCUCAUUGACCGUGGAGAAGCUAUCGAGGCGGAGUUGUUAGCACUGGUGUGGCGAUUCCGCGACUCUGACAAGGCCAAGGAAAAAAGAGAAAAAGAAGAAGGGGAGGAGGAGGAGGAACCGGACUAUUCUCCCACAGAAGUCGGAAUAGACUUGGGAGUAGAUCUGGGGCUAGAUGUGGAAAGCGGUCAAGUCAACCCCGAAAACAGGCCGGUACAUUUGUCCAACACAUGUCUUAUUUCUUUUGUGGUAUUUCUCGUAACCCUCUCCUUAGGUGCGGCUUGGAGACAGCUUGCGAUUGAAGUCUCGGUCGACGGCAGUUAUUCACGGUUGGGUCUGGUGGUUAUAUUUCCAGUCCAAGUAUUCUUUUCUCUAUUCUUCGCCCAGGUUCUCGUCGGAUGUUUGGCUCAGAUGUUUGGUCCUGUCACUCAACUCUCAGUCAACUCCAAAUACUAUUCCGCCUUGCCACCCCCUCGACUGAUGACCACGACAUUGCCGCACGUGACUAUACAAUGCCCAGUUUACAAGGAAGGCCUCGAAACAGUCAUUCAACCUACUGUUCUUUCCAUUCAACGCGCAAUGAGCACGUACGAGUUGCAAGGUGGUACUGCUAAUAUGUUCAUCAACGACGAUGGCCUCCAGCUUAUUGCCGAGGAGGAACGGUUGGCCCGCAUCGCGUUCUAUUCCAGUAAUAGCAUAGGCUGGGUCGCUCGUCCUAAACAUGGCGAGAACGGCUUCUUGCGUCGCGGCAAGUUCAAGAAGGCUUCCAACAUGAACUACGCGCUUAUGAUCUCCUGCAAAGUAGAGGAUCAGCUACUGCGACACAGUCGCAUGAGAGAAUGGGCGCAUGUAGACGAAACGUUGGCUUAUGAGCAAGCAUUGAAGCAGGUUCUCGAAGAAGACGAAAGGGCUUGGGCAGAUGGUAACAUUCGCGUUGGCGACUAUAUACUCCUUAUCGACUCUGAUACGCGUGUUCCUGCCGAUUGUCUUUUAGAUGCCGUUUCGGAGAUGGAGCAGUCUCCCAACAUCGGUAUCAUGCAAUUCUCUUCCGGCGUGAUGCAGGUGGUCCAAACUUACUUUGAGAACGGCAUUACCUUCUUUACCAGGCUUAUAUACAGCGCCAUCAGGUAUACGGUCGCGAACGGCGACGUUGCUCCCUUCGUCGGCCACAACGCCAUUCUACGGUGGGGAGCAGUCCGGCAGAUUUCGUACCGAGACGAGGAUGGCUACGACAAGGUCUGGUCCGAAUCGCAUGUUUCGGAGGACUUUGACAUGUCGCUUCGCCUUCAAUGCCGCGGGUAUAUUGUCCGCCUCGCCGCGUGGGCCGACGAGGACUUCAAAGAGGGCGUCUCUCUAACUGUUUACGACGAACUGGCACGAUGGGAAAAGUAUGCGUACGGAUGCAACGAGCUACUAUUCCAUCCCAUCAGAAAAUGGCUUUGGAAGGGCCCCUUCACGCCUUUGUUUCGUCAAUUCCUCCUUUCCAACGUGUGCCUCACCUCCAAGAUCACGGUCGUGUCCUAUAUCGGUACGUAUUAUGCUAUCGGUGCGGCGUGGAUCAUGACUUCGGCCAACUAUUUCAUCAUUGGUUGGUUUAACGGAUACCUGGACAAGUAUUACAUCGAUUCCUGGAAGGUCUGGUUCUCUAUUGUUAUCGUCUUUAACGGUCUCGGUAAUAUAGGCCUGGCCGUGAUGCGAUAUCGCAUGGCAGAAAGGUCGUUUGCGUAUGCUCUGUACGAAAACUUCAAGUGGACAUUCCUCCUAGCUGUCUUCUUGGGCGGGCUAUCUCUCCAUGUCAGCCAGGCCUUACUCUGUCACAUGUUUGAAGUCGACAUGAGCUGGGGCGCAACGUCAAAAGAGGCCGAAUUUUCCAACUUCUGGAUCGAAGUCCCCAGGGUCAUAAAAAAGUUUAAAUAUUCCAUGAUCUUCUCGCUGCUCUUCAUCGUAGGAAUGAUCAUCCUCGCCGUCGCACCAUUCAUCCCGCAGGAAUGGCGCAUCACCGAUUUUGUCGCCAUUUUACCCAUGGCCACAGUAGCGACUAGCCACUUUCUCCUGCCUCUCGCGCUCAAUCCCGCGCUAAUGACCUUUUCGUGGUAGCUGACGGAGGUGUCAUGUCCACAAGUACCAACUAGACACGGUGGAGUAAACGUGAAAUCUUAGUACGAAGGAAUUUGAUUGGAUAUAUCUACAUACUAUAUUAGACUUGAAUUAUGUUUGAAUAGAUCUCGAUGAGCUACUCCGCCGUGUCUAGUUAGUACUUGAGGAUAUACUUUAGGUCUAGGUACUUAUUGUAUAUUUUAUUACCGGAGUUUCCUUACCUUAUAUGUACGUUUAUCCCCAUCGUUGCUAUUCUGGUUAUUCCUUAAUAUAUAUAUAUUCCUGAUGAGCUCUGACACAGUUGAGUACCUAACCUACCUGAUAACUAGCAGAUACCCAGAGCGAUGAAUAAAAAGAUACCAGUAGGACCAAGCACCGGCCCGAUAUAUUACGUGUCGCAGGCCAAAUUCUGGAACCAGCAAGAAGAACGUCAAAAGAAAAGUGGUGCACCCUCCCGACUCUUUCAAGGUAUAGGUCUCGGCUCUUGAGGGUCCAAACAGGGGCCAAAAGAAAGUUAUUCCGACCCCUGAAAGAAAAAUAGUAAAAAUUUUUUAGCAAUGUUCAAAAAUACUUUGAUAUUGAAUAAUACACUUAUUCGGAUG